AUGUUUCACUUGGUCAAGGGACUAUACAACAACUGGAACAAGCGAGAGCAAUACUCGAUAUUGAUCCUCGGUCUAGAUAAUGCUGGGAAGACGACUUUUCUCGAGACACUAAAGAAAGAGUACUCGAUGCAUUCGAAACCCUUAGAUAAGAUAGCACCCACAGUUGGACAGAAUGUGGCUACGAUACCAGUAGAUAAUAACCGCAGCAUACUAAAGUUUUGGGAUGUUGGUGGGCAGGCAUCUCUGCGGGCUAUGUGGUCUGAAUACUAUCCUCAAUGCCAUGGAAUCAUAUUUGUGGUGGAUAGUACUGAUAGAUCAAGGAUUGAUGAGUGCAGUGAAACUCUGCGAACAAUAGUGAUGGAUGAUGAAAUCGAAGGUAUACCUAUUCUCAUGUUAGCGAAUAAACAAGACAAGCCUGAAAGAAUGGAAGUACAGGAUAUAAAAGAAAUUUUUAAUAGGAUUGCCGAACAUAUGAGUGCAAGGGACAGCAGAGUACUGCCGGUUUGCGCAUUGACCGGAGAAGGUAUCAAGGAUUCCAUUGAAUGGAUGAUAUUGAGACUGCAAAGAAAUAAGAAUGACAGACCACCUGUUUACAAAUAA